CACCGCAUCCACACCGGGGAGCGGCUGUACCAGUGCUCCCAGUGCAGGAAGAGCUUCAAGAGCAGCUCCCACCUCAAUGCGCACCAGCGGAUCCACACCGGGGAGUGGCCCCACCAGUGCUCCCAGUGCGGGCAGGGCUUCUCCUGGAAAAGUGACCUCACAAUACAUCAGCGCAUCCACACGGGCGAGCGGCCAUACCACUGCUCCCAGUGCGGGACGAGCUUCAGGGUCAGAUACUACCUCCAUGUGCACCAGCGCAUCCACACCGGAGAGCGGCCCUACAAGUGCGGCAAGUGCGGGAAGAGCUUCAUACACAGCGCAGAAUUCCUGCAGCACCAGCUUAUCCACACCGGAGAAAAACCCUACUGUUGUGACGGCUGCGGGAAGAGUUUCCACAGGCCCAAAUCCCUGGUCAGCCACAAGCGCACCCACAUGGGUGAGGAGCUGUACCAGUGCUCCCAGUGCGGG